GAGAGGAUCCUUGCUGAACUGCUGUAAUCAUGAAGACAGUGGUUUUAAUUGUCCUAAUCAUCUUUGCUUUGCUGUCUUCAGGGAAGAAAUUCCGAUGGUGCACCCUCUCGGACCUAGAACAGAGAAAGUGUGCUGAACUGUCCAAAGCACUUAUGGCUGUGGUGCCGCUUGCUACUGUCAAUUCGUUUGCUAGAAUUUCUUGCAUCAGAGCCCACAAUACAUAUGACUGCAUUGAUAAAAUCAGGGCAAAUAAAGCAGAUGCUGCCUCCUUGGAUGCUGGAGAUGUUUACUCUGCUGUGAAGCUGUAUGGUUUGACAGUGGUAGCAAAGGAGAUCUAUGAUCAAGGAAAUUGUGUGUUUGCUGUGGCCAUUGCCAAACGAGGAACUCUGGAUGUCCAGAGGCUACGAGGUGUGCGCAGCUGCCACAAUGGAGCCAGAUGGACAUCAGGCUGGAAUAUUCCACUUGGCUUUCUCCUUGCAAGAAAUGAUCUUUCCUGGGAUGAGGCACAACCUCUGAGCCAAGUAAUCAGUGAGUAUUUCAAUGCAAGUUGCAUCCCUGGGGUGGGUGUUGCUGCUCCUCGACUGUGUGCUCUCUGUCAAGGGCAAAAGUCCUAUGUCAGAGACAAGAACCACUUCUGUGAGACAAGCAGUAAUGAACCCUUCUAUGACUCUGAGGGAGCCUUCAGGUGCUUGAAGAAUGGAGUGGCAGAUGUCGCCUUUUUAGAUCAUCUAGCCAUUGUGAGUGCCACAGAGUCAGAACAACAGGAAUAUGAACUGUUAUGUCCUGAUGGGACUACAGCUGAGCUGACUGAAUACACCACAUGUAACUUGGGCAAGGGGCCUGGCCGUGGCAUCAUCACCCGCCACAACUUCCAGAAGAUCACCAACAAAUUUCUUACCAUGAUCCAACGCCUCUUUGGGCGAAAGGGAAAGGAAAGAACCAGGUUUGAACUCUUCACUUCAGCACCCUUUGGGGGAAAGAACCUGCUGUUCCAGGAUGCCACUCAGCACCUGCAGCUUCUUGAGGAGCAGCUAGAGAUUGCCUAUAUCCUUGGUCUGGAUUAUGUAGCUCUCCUUAAGGGACUUGGCCAUGAAGGGAGCUCUUUGGACAACAGUGUUGUGCGCUGGUGCUGCAUCAGUGACGCUGAGCUUCGCAAAUGUGAGGAGUGGGCACUGAGCAUCAAAUCAGACCCAUUGGUCUGUGUCCAAGCAACUUCCAUGACCAAAUGCAUUGAAAUGAUCAAGAGUAGUGAGGCUGAUGCAGUGACCCUGGACGCAACACAUGUCUACAUUGCAGGGAGGUGUGGGUUGGUGCCUGUAGCUGCGGAAUGUUAUGGGGGAGGUUGUGCCCCAGCUGCUAAGAGCAUGGAGGAAGCAGGGAAACAAAUUCAUCCUAAGCGCAAAGCACUGCCACCAGUUUAUGCUGUUGCCCUAGCUAAGAAAAAUGCCAAACAGAUUAACAUCCAUAACCUUAGGGGAAGGCGAUCCUGCCACAGUCACCUGUAUAGUCCUGGAGGAUGGUUACUGCUUUCCAAAUACACAGUGGGAGCUCUGGAGAACAAUACUGAGAACUGUGACAUUGGCUCUGUUUAUCAGAAUUACUUUUGGAAGGGCUGCAUGCCAGGAGCGGAUGGAAACCUGUGCAAGGUGUGCAUUGGAGACAGUGAGGUGGAAGGGGCUCGAGUAUCUAGCAGAUGUGCUGCAAGUCACAACGAACGUUACUAUGGCAAUAUGGGAGCACUCAGGUGCCUAGUUGGCAAUCCCAGUGGAAGAAGCUUCGGAGAUGUAGCUUUCCUGGAACACUCUAACCUACUCCAGAACAUAGAGAAUCUGGACAGCUCUGGUUGGGCAAAAGGUUAUACCCCUCUUGACUUUGAACUCUUGUGUCCGGAUGGAACACGUGCUGCUGUCACAGAAUGGGCAGGCUGUAACCUCGGCCCCAUUCCCCCCAGCACAGUCAUGACUCGACCGGUCACUGUCGCUAAAAUCUAUGACUUUCUAAUGAAAUCCCAGGAAUCUCUGGGAAGCAAACCGGAUUCUGAAUUCCAUCUCUUUCAGUCUUGGAAGUAUGGUGAAAGUGAUCUGCUUUUCAAAGAUACUACUCAGUACCUUGUUCACGCAAGUCACAUGAGCUAUCAGGAAAUUCUUGGAGCGUAUUUCUUUCAACUGGCAGAAUCAGUGUUUAAUUGUACACCUGCAGGCAUCUUAGACUUCUGCAAACAGGAUAUCUGUGCAUCCACAUCGAACUGACAGCUAAUACAGAGGCUUUGCAAGGCACGUACACCACCAUCAAUGCUGAAAACAAGGAAA